AUGCAGAGCGCGGCUUUCACUCUCUCUCCGUCGCUCUCUCUUCCUCUCCGCAACACUUCUCUAAACGCUUCUAGACCUUCUCUCCCUGUCAGACUUUUCGCCAAACACACAGAAGGCGUGAACUCCAAUGGCGCCUCUUCCACUUCUUUCCUCCGCCGAUCUUGGACUCUCUCUUCUUCCUCUUCCUUCAAGUUCCGCCCGCUCCCUCCCUCUCCUCCGCGCGCCGCGGAGAACGCAGUUCCCGACAGCGCGCCAGCCGAGAAUUCGCUCUUCAAAACACUCGAGCUCGGCUCCUUGUUUGGCCUCUGGUACCUCUUCAACAUCUACUUCAAUAUCUACAACAAACAGGUGUUGAAGGCGUUUCAUUUUCCGGUAACUGUGACUGUUGUUCAAUUUGCCGUUGGGACUGUGCUUGUGGCGUUUAUGUGGGGUUUGAAUCUCUACAAGAGGCCGAAGAUCAGUGGUGCUAUGCUUGGAGCGAUUUUGCCACUAGCUGUGGUACAUACUUUGGGGAAUCUUUUCACUAAUAUGAGUCUUGGGAAGGUGGCCGUGUCUUUCACUCACACUAUCAAGGCCAUGGAGCCUUUCUUUUCAGUGGUCCUUUCUGCCAUGUUCCUUGGAGAGUUUCCUACACCGUGGGUGGUUGGUUCCCUUGUGCCUAUUGUUGGUGGAGUUGCACUGGCGUCUGUUACUGAGGCCUCUUUCAAUUGGGCCGGGUUUUGGAGUGCAAUGGCAUCAAAUGUGACAAAUCAAUCCCGUAAUGUUCUUAGCAAAAAGGUUAUGGUUAAGAAAGAGGAUUCUAUGGACAAUAUCACUCUCUUCUCUAUAAUAACAGUAAUGUCCUUCUUCUUGUUAGCACCAGUGGCUGUCUUCAUGGAAGGUGUCAAAUUUACCCCUGCUUACUUGCAAUCUGCUGGAUUAAAUGUUAAACAACUUUACAUCAGAUCUCUUCUUGCCGCACUCUGUUUCCAUGCGUAUCAACAAGUGUCUUAUAUGAUAUUACAAAGGGUAUCACCUGUUACCCACUCUGUGGGCAAUUGUGUGAAGCGAGUUGUGGUCAUUGUGAGCUCUGUCAUUUUCUUCCAAACACCUGUCUCACCUGUGAAUGCUUUUGGUACUGCUAUAGCUCUUGCUGGCGUGUUCCUCUAUUCAAGGGUGAAGCGAAUUAAGUCAAAGCCAAAAACAGCUUAAUUUUCAUUGGUGAAAUUUUGUUAGGUGCAUCUCGAAAAGCCAAAUAGCUGCAACCAGGAAUUCUAAUUUCUUUGUAGGGGCGAUAUAGAGAAUAUGAGGAUUACCUUUAUUUACCCUCGUUUGUCCUUUUUUUGUCUUGUGGAUUUUAUGUCUGAGUAAGUACCUAUUGAUUUUGCUCCACGAAAAAAAAUAUAUUUUGGACAAAUACCACUGCAAGGUGUGUUUUGUUAUGAAUCAUUUUAGUAUGUAAUCAGCCAUAAAUUUUCUAAAUGUCUGCAAGUUUUAUCAGUAAUGUUGCGUACUGAGUAUUCUUUUUUA